AUGUUCUCCAUGCAGGACUCCUUGCCCCGAGGAGGGCUCAGCCUGAAAGAGGAGCCGCUCCCUGCCGGCCUCGGCUCGGUGCGCUCCUGGAUGCAGGGCACUGGAAUCUUGGACGCCACUACCGCAGCGCAGAGUGGUGUGGGCCUGGCUCGAGCUCACUUUGAGAAGCAGCCGCCUUCCAAUCUUCGCAAAUCCAACUUCUUCCACUUUGUGUUGGCCAUGUAUGACCGGCAGGGACAGCCGGUGGAGAUCGAGCGCACAGCCUUCAUCGACUUUGUGGAAAAAGAGCGGGAACACAGUGGAGAGAAAACCAACAAUGGCAUCCAUUACCGGCUGCAACUGCUCUACAGCAAUGGAAUCCGCACUGAACAAGACCUGUAUGUUCGACUCAUCGAUUCCAUGUCUAAGCAGGCCAUCAUCUACGAGGGGCAGGACAAGAACCCGGAGAUGUGCCGUGUCCUUCUCACCCACGAGAUCAUGUGCAGCCGCUGCUGUGACAAGAAGAGUUGUGGCAACCGGAAUGAGACUCCAUCUGACCCCGUCAUUAUAGACAGGUUUUUCCUCAAGUUUUUCCUUAAAUGCAACCAGAACUGCCUGAAGAAUGCAGGCAAUCCUAGAGACAUGAGGCGCUUCCAGGUGGUGGUCUCCACGACGGUGAGCGUGGAUGGGCACGUGCUUGCUGUGUCUGACAACAUGUUUGUUCACAACAACUCCAAGCAUGGCCGCCGUGCCCGCCGCCUUGACCCUUCAGAAGCAGCCACCCCCUGCAUCAAGGCCAUCAGCCCCAGCGAGGGCUGGACCACAGGGGGAGCCACUGUCAUCGUCAUCGGAGACAACUUCUUCGAUGGCCUCCAGGUCGUCUUUGGAACCAUGCUGGUGUGGAGUGAGCUGAUCACACCCCACGCCAUCCGGGUGCAGACUCCACCGAGGCACAUCCCUGGGGUAGUGGAGGUGACCCUGUCCUACAAGUCCAAGCAGUUCUGCAAAGGGGCCCCUGGCCGCUUCGUCUACACGGCUCUCAAUGAGCCAACCAUCGACUACGGCUUCCAGAGGCUGCAGAAGGUGAUACCACGACAUCCUGGAGACCCUGAGCGGCUUCCUAAGGAAGUGCUAUUGAAAAGGGCAGCUGACCUGGUGGAGGCUCUGUAUGGGAUGCCACACAGUAACCAGGAUCUCAUCAUAAAGCGGGCAGCAGACAUUGCAGAAGCACUCUACAGUGUCCCACGCACCCCCUCCCAACUUGGCUCCCUGGCCCCAGGCCAUCCCCACACAGCCAUGAUGGGCAUCAACUCCUUUGGGAGCCAGCUGGCAGUCAACAUUGGAGAUUCCACACAAGGGGCCGAACAAGGUUACUCCCGGAAUACCAGCAGUGUGUCUCCUCGGGGCUACGUGCCCAGCUCCACCCCCCAGCAGAGCAGCUAUAGCAGCAUCACAUCCAGCAUCAACGGCUACGGGGCCACUGGUAUGGCUGGCCUUGGGGUACCCAGCUCACCCAGCUUCCUCAACGGCUCCACUGCAAAUUCACCCUAUGCUAUCAUGCCCUCCAGCCCUCCGCUGGCUGCAGCUUCCUCCAUCUCCCUCCCGGCCGCUGCCCCCACCACCAGCGUCUUCUCCUUCUCGCCGGUCAACAUGAUCUCUGCCGUCAAGCAGAAGAGCGCCUUCGCCCCUGUGGUGCGCCCACCUGGUUCCCCGCCCCCUGCCUGCACCAGCACUAAUGGCAGUGCCCUGCAAGCCAUGUCUGGACUCCUCAUCCCCCCCAUGUGAGGCCCACACAAAGAGAACAACCCAGCCAUUGGAGAGAGACCCUGGGGACUGGCAGGCCGGUGGACUGGGAUGACCUGGAAGAGGACUUCCUGCUGGCCAUGGGAGAGACGCCACCUUCUGUGCUUUGGGAGCCUGGGCCCUAUCCCUCUGCAGCCCUUUUCUCUUCUCCCUUCCACUCUCAGGACUGGCCACAGGAGGCUUCUCUCUUCACAGCACCAUUUUAACUUGGGUGUAUGUAUGUAUGUAUGUAUGUGUGUAUGGGUGUGUGUGUACAUAUGUACAUAUGUAUGUGUGUGCGUGUGGUUCUAGGGGGGGACUGAUCCCCCCAAACUUUUCCCAUUAUAAGCUUGGUGUGGGAGGGGGGUCCUGGGGAUGGGUUGGGGGGGCAGGGGUUCGGGUGAAAGGUCCUGCCCUCUAGAAUGCUCAGGGAAGACGAUCUGGUGUCUAUGGAGCACUGCCUCCCACUCCCUGGGAGGAUUCACCACCCUGCCCUUGCCUGAUGCCUCCAACAUGUCUGGCCUGGACAGCUUUUCCUGGGAAGCGGGGUCUGCCUGCCUGGUUCUGGUUGGGAGGUAAAGACUUGGGGAAAGGAUUGGGCCAAGAGCCACAGGAGAUAGGGGCAGGUACUGGGGGAGACAUGCCAGGCCAGGGGAAGGUGGGGUCAGGGAGGGGGUUGGAUGAAGAUCCCAGUUCCCCCACAGGGUGCAGCUUUAAGGCAGGAAUAGGAGCAUUACUGUAGGACCAAUCUGUGUGACUCCAUUUCCCAGGCCUGUGGCCCAGCAAGCAUCCUCCUUCUGGCUUGCUCCUCAAGGCCAACCCCACUUCACGCACGAUGCUGGCUUCCUGGCUUCCCCAACCAGGGACAAAGCCAAGGUUCCAGAUCCUUCCUCCUGAGUUCUGGGAAAGGCCACCAGCAACUCUAGGAGAUUUGUCCCUUUAGGCCCAUGGAACAAGCUCCUAGGAGCUGUGGAGUGAUCCACCCGAUUCUGAAACUCUCUUACCAAUGCCCUUUUCCUACCUCCCUCCACCCCCAUCCUUGAGGCUCCCAAAGUACAUCCCCUUGUAGCAGGCUAAGGCUCCGGCCCAGGGGCCUGCCUUCCUCCCCUUGCAGCCUUCCUCCCCUUCGAGGCCUCCCUGGGGGUUGCUCUCAUUGUCUCUGUGUCUCCUAUUGUCUCUUCUCCUGGUGGCCCUUCCUUCUCCCCAGCCCACCAGCUCCCCUCAUCUCCCAAGGGCCUGUGCUGCCCUCCCCCUUUCCCUGGCUGGCAGCUCAGAGUCCAGCUUUGGUCAUUUGGUCCGGGAGGGGGUUUGGGAGAAAUGAAACAAUAAAUGGAGAUACUGAUGCCC